AUGUAUAGUGACAUCGGCUCCUAUGGGUCGCUGCGGUGGCAGAUCGCCCACCCUACAGGAAAGGGUGGAGCGAUACGGUGGUCAGAGGAGCAGUGGUCAAUACAGAUCAUGAGACUCUCUGUGGUGUGUCGAUGUGAAAUAUCUCCCUCUUUACACCCUCCCGUCCUUGUCAUCAUCUGCCAAGGCACAUGACCAUGUUGGAAGUGGCAGCAGGAGCUAAGGCCUAUAGACUAGGACAGGAGAAGGAGAGUGAUGGAUGGAUGUCCACAAUCUCCACAUCCACCGCAGGCUGAGAGGAGCUGAAGUCCUUCAUCAGGAUGACCUACAGACAAAGUCUGCUGAAUCUUAAAAGCUCCCAUUCUCCCCACCCUGUGGUCUAAGCCUUUUAUGUAUUUUAUAUUCAGUGGAGCAUUUCAGAUACAGUACAACACCUCUGGGUUGAGAACCACAGCAUGUUCCCAGUCCAGUCAGGGCUGGUCAUGAGACAGUAGAAACAUGUGCUUUGCUAAGAUCAGGCAGCUUUUGUUUUGAGUUCUCUCUUCACCCAAUUUGCUGGGAAAAGAAACAAUAAAAUGUUCCCAGAAUAUUUGAGCCAAAAUGGGUCAGCAAGUCACAUUACACGGUCUGACUUCAACUCAAUACAAUUGAAGACAUUUUAACCCGCAACCUAAGUGUAUUAUCAUGGGUCAAGUGCCUUCAAAUGCGAUCAGAGGGCUGUGUUAAGUAUUGACUUUUUAAUCACUCUACUCUGUAUGAGGGCCUGAUUGAGGAGAAUGUCCUAUUUCAGACUAAGCCACUACACUGUCUCUACUAGGGCUGUCCCCGACAAAAAUAACUCUUGGUCGACCAAGAGUCGUCUGUUCUUUCGACCAAUUGAUUGUUAGACAUUUUUAAACGUGUAUUUUUCCAUAUAUAUACACAUCCUAUGUGUUUUAAUCAAAUCAACUAUAUGCACUGAGCUUGUCUGAUGCUUUAAGCACACUGUUCAAUGAAAUAAUUAAGACACAUAAAUGACUAGAGGGAGUCCGACCGCAAUUGAUUUGAUUGUGCGCAGACUUGCUGCACUGUGUUAAAACAAAUGACAGUGAGUGACUGUGUGACUAGCACCCGUUGUCUCUCUCGCCUCCAUGCUGCAGUGACCACUACAGAACUUCAACAGUGUUUAUCGCGCAGUCCAUGUUGCUGAGGCUGCAACAUAAUUAGAGCCAUUUCUGACUGAAAAGUUCUGUUACCGAAAUCCCUAAUUUGUUUAGGAAAAACAUUCCCUAUUCCCUCAACCCUUGCUCUCUUAAUGUGACACGUCUGCAUCACAUGCACGUGACCAAUAGGGCCUGACCGAUAGCAUACCAUAAUUACAUCAAUAAAUUGGUUACAACAAACUCCGGACACGUGACAGCAAAAUGGAUGCAGAGGAUGUGACAAAUGAACUUGAAACGGGGGAAUGUUUACUGGUUGCUCAGGAGGUAAAGGGGAAGUCAGAUGUGUGGAAUAUAUUUGACUAGUUGUGGAAAAUACUGGAGAUCAAGAAAAAUAAGUUAUGGAGCAAGCUCUGCGUGCAUAUUAUGUGUGCCAAACAGGUGCCGUUAGAUUACAAUAUAAUUUUUCAGACCAUUUGGAACAAUGUAAACAACUCUAAAUAAAUUAUAAGCAUACCAGAGAGUCUGCUGUAAUGUUAUUUUGAUUGUUUGUAAAGCCUUUAUUACAGCAACGACUAAAAACAGUCACAUUCAUUUGUGAAUGUAAUUUCCAAAAUGGAAUGGUACAUUUUUUUUCGCGCUAAUUAUUCAAGGGUCGCUUUAUUUUAUUUUAAAACGAAAAUGCUUGAUUGCAUUUCAAAUCAAAGAAUGAAUGAUUGAUUGAAAUAUAGGUAAGUUAUGGUAUUAAGACUAAAGAGGCCUACAGCUUGAUGGUGGUUAUACAAGGCUGCUAUUCUAAGCCUACUAAUGAUGAUCAUAAUAAUAGUAAUAAUAACAAUAAGAAGGAGAUUAAGAAAAAUAAGGGUUAUUAAUAUUAUAUAGAUAAUUUUUCUGACAAUUUGGAAGAGUGUAAAUACUAAAUAAAUUAUAAGUAAUACCAGAGAGGCUGUUCUAAAAAGUGUAAAGCCUUUAUUACAGCAUAACAAAGAUUAAAAACAGCAGAAUUUGUGAAACAUGUUGUGGUUGCAUGAGGCUUGGUGCUCACAGAAUCAGUAGGCUAUUAAACAAACACUCAAACAGAAGCAGGAUCUGUCUUAUUUCUGUAGAUAUACAGUACCAGUCAAAAGUUUGGACACACCUACUCAUUCAAGAGUUUUUCUUUAUUUUUACUAUUUUCUACAUUGUAGAAUAAUAGUGAAGACAUCAAAACUAUGAAAGAACAUGUGGAAUCAUGUAGUAACCAAACAAGUGUUAAAUCAAAAUAUAUUUUAGAUUUUAGAUUCUUCAAAGUAGCCACCCUUUGCCUUGAUGACAGCUUUGCACACUCUUGGCAUUCUCUCAACCAGCUUCACCUGGAAUGCUUUUCCAACAGUCUUGAAGGAGUUCCCACAUAUGCUGACCACUUGUUGGCUGCUUUUCCUUCACUCUGCGGUCCGACUCAUCCCAAACCAACUCAAUUUGGUUGAGGUCGGGGGAUUGUGGAGGCUAGGUCAUCUGAUGCAGCACUCCAUCACUCUCUUUCUUGGUCGAAUAGCCCUUACACAGCCUGGAGGUGUGUUGGGUCAUUGUCCUGUUGAAAAACAAAUGAUAGUCCCACUAAGCCCAAACCAGAUGGGAUGGCGUAUCACUGCAGAAUGCUGUAAUAGCCAUGCUGGUUAAGUGUGCCUUGAAUUCUAAAUAAAUCCCAGACAGUGUCACCAGCAAAGCACCCCCACACCAUAACACCUCCUCCUCCAUGCUUUACAGUGGGAAAUACACAUGCGGAGAUCAUCCAUUCACCUACUCUGCGUCUCACAAAGACACGGCGGUUGGAACAAAACAUCUCAAAUUUGGACUCAUCAGACCAAAGGACAGAUUUCCACCGGUCUAAUGUAAAUUGCUCGUGUUUCUUGGCCCAAGCAAGUCUCUUCUUCUUAUUGGUGUCCUUUAGUAGUGGUUUCUUUGCAGCAAUUCGACCAUGAAGGCCUUUUUCACGCAGUCUCCUCUGAACAGUUGAUGUUGAGAUGUGUCUGUUACUUGAACUCUGUGAAGCAUUUAUUUGGGCUGCAAUUUCAGAGGCUGGUAACUCUAAUGAACAUAUCCUCUGCAGCAGAGGUAACUCUGGGUCUUGCUUUCCUGUGGCGGUCCUCAUGAGAGCCAGUUUCAUCAGAGCGCUUGAUGGUUUUUGUGACUGCACUUGAAGAAACUUUCUAGAAAUGUUCCGGAUUGACUGACCUUCAUGUCUUAAAGUAAUGAUGGACUGUCGUUUCUCUUUGCUUAUUUGAGCUGUUCUUGCCAUAAUAUGGACUUGGUCUUUUACCAAAUAGGGCCAUCUUCUGUAUACCACCCCUACCUUGUCACAACACAACUGAUUGGCUCAAAUGCAUUAAGAAGGAAAGAAAUUCCACAAAUUAACUUUUAACAAGGCACACCUGUUAAUUGAAAUGCAUUCCAGGUGACUACCUCAUGAAGCUGGUUGAGAGAAUGCCAAGAGUGUGCAAAGCUGUCAUCAAGGCAAAGGGUGGCUACUUUAAAGAAUCUCAAAUAUUAAAUAUAUUUUGGUUUGUUUAACACUUUUUUGGUUACUAUAUGAUUCCAUAUGUGUUAUUUCAUAGUUUUGAUGUCUUCACUAUUAUUAUGUGGAAAAUAGUAAAAAUAAAGAAACCCUUGAAUGAAUAGGUGUGUCCAAACUUUUGACUGGUACUGUAUAUGGAUGAUUUCUCAAGCCAGGAACAUUUAACAGUUAGGCUAUUGAUUACAGACCUAAUUAAGUUGGCGUUUCCUCUCUCCUCACUUUUCUUAGUCAAUUAAGGCAAGUGCUGUUUUCUCAUCUCCUAACUCCGCUGCUGCCUCCGCCACAUUGUUCUCAACACCAAUAUGCUGGUUAACUUUGCUAUUAUGCACAUAGGAAAAUGUGCCAAUUCAACAGCGCACUGAUGUUUCAGAGAAAGCGCAUUUGUUAUAAAAUGUUAUUUUUAUUAGUGUUGCACCAUUGUUCUUACGUAAUAUAACCAUAUACAUUUUUUACAUUUUUACAUUUUUGUCAUUUAGCAGACGCUCUUAUCCAGAGCGACUUACAGGAGCAAUUAGGGUUAAGUGCCUUGCUCAAGGGCACAUCGACAGAUUUUUCACCUAGUCGGCUCGGGGAUUAGAACCAGCGACCUUUCGGUUACUGGCACAACGCUCUUAACCACUAAGCUACCUGCCGCCCCAGCUUUAGCUUUACAUUUUCAGUAGCAUGUCUUAGUGAUGGACUUUGCCAUUCUCACGGCUUUCACAAUGGAUUACACUACUCAGACAGGCGGCAAUCAGACAGGUGUCUUGUACACCAUUAAAUUAUUAUUUAUUGCUACUGCUCGACUAAAGAAAUCUCGGUCGACCAACAGCCUAUCAACCAAACAAUUGACCAGUCGACUAAAUGGGGUCAAUCCUAAUCUCGACUAAUUAUAUUCCAGCGGUAGGCCUACAAAAUGUAGAACAUCAGAUAUUAGGCCUAUUGUGCUGCCAUGGUUUGAAAUUAGGGGAUUACAGGCAACAUCUGCACUGAGCAUGGAUUACAGGCAACAUCCGCACCGAGCUAAAGGCUAGAGCUGCCGCUUUCGAGGAGCAGGACACUAAUCCGGACUCUUAUGAGAAAUCACGCUACACCCUUCGAUUAACAAUCAAACAGCUAAAGCGUCAAUACAGGACUAAGAUCGAAUCCUACUACACCGGCUCUGAAACUCAUCGGAUGUGGCAGUGCUUGCAAACUAUCAUGGAUUAUAAAGGAAAACCCAGCCGCGAGCUGCCCAGUGACGCAAGUCCACUAGACGAGCUAAAUGCCCUCUAUGCUAGCUUCGAGGCAAGCAACGAACCAUGCAUGAGAGCACCAGCUGUUCCGGACGACUGUGUGAUCACACUCUUCGUAGCUGAUGUGAGUAAGAACUUUAAACAAGUCAACAUUCACAAGGAUAACUAGGACGCAUAUCAGAGCAUGCGCUGACCAGCUGGCAAGUGUCUUCACUGACAUUUUCAACCUCUCCCUGACCCAGUCUAUAAUACCAGCAUGUUUCAAGUAGACCACCAUAGUCCCUGUGCCCAAAAACACCAAGGUAACCUGUCUAAAUGAUUAUCACACCGUAGCACUCACAUCUGUAGCCAUGAAGAGCUUUGAAAGGCUGGUCAUGGCUCACAUCAACACCAUCAUCCCAGACACCAUAAACCCACUCCAAUUCGCAUACCGCCCCAACAGAUCCACAGAUGAUGCACUCCACACUGCCCUUUCCCACCUGGACAAGAGGAACACCUAUGUGAGAAUGCUGUUCAUUGACAACAGCUCAGCGUUCAAAACCAUAGUGCCCUCCAAGCUCAUCACUAAGCUAAGGACCCUGGGACUGAACACCUCCCUCUGCGACUGGAUCCUGGACUUCUUGAUGGGCCGCCCCCAGGUGGUAAGUGUAGGCAACAUCACAUUGCCACGCUCACCCUAAAUACGGGGGCUCCUCAGGGAUGAGUGCUUAUUCCCCUCCUGUACUUCCUGUUCACCCACGACUGCAUGGCAGCGCACGACUCCAACACCAUCAUUAAGUUUUCCGAUGACACAAUGAUUGUAGGCCUGAUUAACAAUGACGAUGAGACAGCCUAUAGGGAGGAGGUCAGAGACCUAGCAGUGUGGUGCCAGGACAACAACCUCUCCCUCAACGUCAGCAAGACAAAGGAGCUGAUCGUGGACUACAGGAAAUAGAGGGCCAAGCAUGCCUCCAUUCACAUCGACAGGGCUGUAGUGGAGCAGGUCGAGUUCCUCGGUGUCCACAUCACUAAGGAUGUAUCAUGGUCCACACACACCAACACAGACGUGAAGAGAGUACGACAAUGCCUCUUCACACUCAGGAGGCUGAUAAGAUUUGCCAUGGGCCCUCAGAUCCUCAAAAAUGUCUACAGCUGCACCACUGAGAGCAUCUUGACUGGCUGCACCACCGCUUGGUAUGGCAACUGCUUGGCAUCCGACCGUAAGGUGCUACAGAGGGUAGUGCAUACGGCCCAGUAAAUCACUGGGGCCGAGCUCCCCGCCCUCCAGGACCUCUAUACCAGGCCAUGUCAGAGGAAGGGCCUAUAAAAUGUCAAAGACUCCAGCCACCCAAGUCAUACUGUUCUCUCUGCUACUGCAAGGCAAGUGGUAUCGAUGCACCAAGUCUGGAACCAGCAGGACCCUGAACAGCUUCUACCCCCAAGCCAUAAGAAUGCUAAAUAAUUAUUCAGGGUAGCUAUUUAGUUAACUAUUUAACUAUCUGCAUUGACACUUUUUGCACUAACUUUUUUGACUCAUCACAUACGCUGCUGCUACUUUUUAUUAUCUGUCACUUUAUUCCUAGUUAUACAGUAUGUACAUACACUGAGUGUACAAAACAUUAGAAACACCUUCCUAAUACUGAGUUGCACCACCUUUUGCCCUCAGAACAGCCUAAAUUCGUUGGGGCAUGGACUCUACAAGGUGUCGAAAGCGUUCCACAGGGAUGCUGGCCAAUGUUGACUCCAAUGCUUCCCAAAGUUCGCUGGAUGUCCUUUGGGUGGUGGACCAUUCUUGAUACACAUGAGAAACUGUUGAGCGUGAAAAACCCAGCAGCGCUGCAAUUCUUAGCACACUCAAACCGGUGUGCCUGGCACCUACUACCAUACCCCGUUCAAAGGCACUUAAAUAUUUUGUCUUGCCCAUUCACCCUCUGAAUGGCACACAUACACGAUCCAUGUCUCAAUUGUCUCAAGGCUUAAAAAUCCUUCUUUAACCUGUCUCCUCCCUUCAUCUACACUGAUUGAAGUGGAUUUAACAAGUGACAUCAAUAAGGGAUCAUAGCUUUCACCUGGAUUCACCUGGUCAGUUUAGGUCAUGGAAAGAGAAGGAGUUCCUAAUGUUUUGUACACUCAGUGUAUCUGCCUCAAUUACCUCGUACCCCUGCACAUCGACUCGGUACUCUGUGUAUUUAUUUUCAUGUGUUGGUCAUUGUUGCGUGUUCUGUCAUUGUAAGUCAUUGAUGAUGCAUGUUGUGAUAAAACAAUUUCCCAAAUUGGGAUUAAUAAAGUAAUACUCUACUCGACUCUCUCUCUGUAUUGCCAAGUUAUCAUUACUCAUUGUGUAUGUAGUAUUACGUGUUUUACUUUUCUAUUAUUUCUCUAUUUUCUUUCUUUCUGCAUUGUUGGGAACGGCCCAUAAAUAAGCAUUUCAAUGUUAGUCUACACCUGUUGUUUACGAAGCAUAUGACAAAUACAAUUUGAUUUGAUUAAGCUAAAAUGGUUGCCCUUUAGAAAGGAGAGAGAGGAUAGAGUUGUAGAUCUUAGUGUGAGGACCACUGCUUUAUCCAAGAACCUGAAGGUGAAUGACUGCUGGAGUGCUGCCUGAAAGCCUAUUGUUAACGUGCCCAAGAUACAUAACAAAACAUUUGCCGCUAACACAUCUGCUGUGUAAAUUUGUUAUUGCCAAUGUGGUUUAAACGUCCUGUGAAAGUUUGUUGUCCGUCGUUUGGGUUGGGUUGGGUAUGUAUUUUGGGUCACUGUUGUAAUGAAAACAAAACAGGCACAUGGAAGGGCAUCAAUAUAGGACCCAUGCACAUGACCUCCCCCUCAUUAAAUGUCGAGAGAGGACCUAUUAGCAGGGGGGUGCUAAAUUACCCAUGGUGGUGGGUUGAAGCAUGCCACUGAUGUCCUCACCUAGGGGUUACUACAGGUCACAGGCCUACACACUGUUAUGGCCCAAGUUUAUUGCACAGGGAUACUGAUACAUCCAUCCAACGGACUGUAUCAGUCCCCUAAGUCCAACAAAACAAAGGCUAUCAAUGAAAGAGUCAUGAAAAUAUAGUGUUAGUCCAGUUAUGAUCUUGCAGCAGACUAACAGUUGGGGCAGCAGGCUAUCAAUACUGAUGCCAUUUGGACUAAUCAUACCACUUUAUGACUGCCCGGGUUCCUAAACAGACCCUCUCACCAUUCUCCCAUGUUAUAUCAACACUAAUGGAGUCAACUAUAGUCUCUUAACACCAACUCCAAGUGCCAGAAUCCAUAGAGCAAUAUUAUUGUGGUGGUAAUCGGCUAACCACUUCAUAGCUAUUAUUCAAGUCUCUCCAUAUCAUUCUCCACUCUCUUUGUUAUGUUACAGCCUUAUUCUAAAAUUGAUUAAAUAAAUAAAAAUCCUCAGCAAUCUACAUACAAUACCCCAUAAUGAAAAAGCGAAAACAGGUUUAGACAUUUUUGCAAAUGUAUUCAUUUAAAAACAGAAAUACCUUUUUUACGUAAGUAUUCACACCCUUUGUUAUGAGACUUGAAAUUGACUUCAGGUGCAUCCUGUUUCCAUUGAUCAUCCUUCAGCUGUUUCUACAACUUGAUUGGAGUCCACCUGUGGUAAAUUCAAUUGAUUGGACAUGAUUUGGAAAGACACACACCUGUUUAUAUAAGGGAAAAAAACCAAGCCAUAUAUCAGAGCAAAAACCAAGCCAUGAGGUUGAAGGAAUUGUCCGUAGAGCUCCGAGACAGGAUUGUGUCGAGGCACAGAUCUGGGGAAGGGUACCAAAACAUUUCUGCAGCAUUGAAGGUCCCCAAGAACACAGUGGCCUCCAUCAUUUUUAAACGGAAGAAGUUUGGAACCACCAAGACUCUUCCUAGAGCUGGCCGCCCAGCCAAACUGAGCAAUCGGGGGAGAAGGGCCUUGGUCAGGGAGGUGACCAAGAACCCGAUGGUCACUCUGACAGAGGUCCAGAGUUCCUCUGUGGAGGUGGGAGAACCUUCCAGACGGAAGCCACUCCUCAGUAAAAGGCACGACAGCCCGCUUGGAGUUUGCCAAAAGGCACCUAUAGACUCUCAGACCAUGAGAAACAAGAUUCUCUGGUCUGAUGAAACCAAGCUUCAACUCCUUGGCCUGAAGGCCAAGGGUCACAUUUGGAGGAAACCUGGCACCAUCCCUACAGUGAAGCAUAGUGGUGGCAACAUCAUGCUGUGGGGAUGUUUUUCAGCAGAAGGGACUGGGAGACUAGUCAGGAUCGAGGGAAAGAUGAACAGAGAUCCUUAAUGAAAACCUGCUCCAGGGCACUCAGGACCUCAGACUGGGGAAAAGGUUCACCUUCCAACAGGACAACGACCCUAAGCACACAGCCAGGACAACACAGGAGUGGCUUUGGGACAAGUCUCUGAAUGUCGUUGAGUGGCCCAGCCAGAGCCCGGACUUGAACCCGAUCGAACAUCUCUGGAGAGACCUGAAAAUAGCUGUGCAGCAAUGCUCCCCAUCCAACCUGACAGAGCUUGAGAGGAUCUGCAGAGAAGAAUGGGAGAAACUCCCCAAAUACAGGUGUGCCAAGCUUAUAGCGUCAUACCCAAGAAGACUUGAGGCUGUAAUCGCUGCCAAAGGUGCUUCAACAAAGUACUGAGUAAAGGGUCUGAAUACUUAUGUAAAUGUAAUUUAUUAGUUAUUUAUUUAAAAAAAAAUUUGCAACAAUUUCUAAACUUUUUUACCAUUAUGGGGUAGUGUGUAGAUUGAGGGGGAAAAAACAAUUUAAUCAAUUUUAGAAUAAGUCUGGAACCUAACAAAAUGUGGAAAAAGUCAAGGGGUCUGAAUACUUUCCGAAUGCACUAUAUAUAUUUCUUACAUGUAUUUAUCCCCUUUAUUUGUCCUCUCCCACUGCCUUAUUUUAGGCACUGGUACUGGGGACAUUCAGAUGAGUCUUGUAAGGCUUGUGGGCAUCCUAGGGCAAAACGGAGAAAACCAUCGUGUUCGCAAGAGUCUCAGCUUUCAAUAUAGUUUCUGGGCCAAACCUUUCGGACGCUACAGGCGUUUUUGUGAGAAGACCAAUUUUCGGGAUGUCUCAUGGUUUGACAAACACCACUCUGGCUCAUUCCACUUUUUACUGCAGAUGCGGAAGGGCGAUAUCGGCGGAUGAGGUGGAUUGAGACGCAGCCCAUUCAAAAACACAUGUCUAGCUUGAUGGGGAUUUAUGUUAGAUUUCCGCGGGGGGCGCGACCAUUGUAGGCCAAGGGUUAAUGUUUGGUUGUGGUAGAUGCAGCUGUAUUGAGACAGAUGCAAAUCAGCAGCUCCUGUGCUCUAUAUCACUAAGAAGGAAUAAGCCACUCAAACACAUUCCAUAUCAACUAAUCUACACAAAGAGCUCACUGGGGUUGCAAGAAAAUAAUCCCCCUUUUCAGAUCCACCAAAUGCCUCCAUUCAGGGCAGUGAUAAAUAAAGGGCCAAAUAAUGGGCCUGCUGCCAGUUCCAGACAGACCCACCAUGCCAAGGCUUCUGCCACCACACCCUGCAGAUCAGUGCAUCGCUGCAGUCCGUCCCAUCAUGCACCUGUGUAUAGUCAGUCAUACAGUGUGACGUGGCACAGUGGGGCUACAGCAUGGCCAGGCAGUCGGGGUAGGAUGUGAGAUGCAAUAGAUAUUGCCUCAGAGCAGCCAACCAUGACACCAGCACAAAUCUAAUAUACCCUCAAAGUAUCAAGUUUCAGGAGAAGACCCAGACAGUGUCGAAGUAACAAACUUUUAUUACAAAAACAGGGGGCAGGCAACCGACAGGUCAAGGGCAGGCAGAGGUCAGUAAUCCAGAUCAGAGUCCAAAAGGUACAGAACAGCAGGCAGUCUCAGGGUCAGGGCAGGCAGAGGUCAAUAAUCCAGGGUGGUGUGACAUGGUACAGAACGGCAGGCAGGCUCAGGCUCAUGGUAGGCAGAAUGGUCAAAACCUGGAAACCAGGAACUUGAAAAAGACAGGAGCAAGGGAAAAAACGCUAGUAGGCUUAACGAAACAAAACGAACUGGCAACAAACAGAACACAGGUAUAAAUACCCUGGGGAUAAAGGGCUGUGAGACUUGGGUUUGAUCCUAGACACAUUAAAAGUGGGACGUAUACGGAGGGUACAGGAAAACAGAAGAUGAACAGCAGAGGGGCUAAUGAUCUUGGAGAUGGGGAUAGGGCCAAUAAACCGGGGGGAAAGUUUGCGUGACUCCACCCGGAGGGGCAGAUUUCGGGUGGACAGCCAUACCUUCUGCCCGAGACGAUACCGUGGAGCCAGGGUCCGGUGGCGGUCCGCUUGUCGUCGGUACCUGGAGGUGGUCUUAAGAGCUGACCGGGCUCUCCUCCAGGUACGACAACAACGGCGGACAAACAUCUGGGCCGAGGGUAUACCAACCUCUUCCUCUGGGAAGAGCGGGGGCUGAUAACCCAGGGAACACUCAAAAGGCGAAAGACCCGUGGCAGAGCAGGGAAGGGUGUUGCAGGCAUAGUCGACCCACACUAGUUGCUGGCUCCAGGUGGUGGGGUUGGUGGAGACCAGGCAGCGCAGAUUUGUCUCCAGGUCUUGGUUAGCGCACUCCGACUGGCCGUUGGACUGAGGGUGGAAACCGGAGGAUAGGCUGGCCGACGACCCAAUGAGUGUGCAGAAAGGCCAGUUCGUACUAUCACGUUUCAGGAGAAGACCCAGAUGCAGACAGUGUCUAAGUAACAAACGUUUAUUACAAAAACAAGAGGCAGGCAACCGACAGGUGAAGGGCAGGCAGAGGUCAGUAAUCCAGAUCAGAGUCCAAAAGGUACAGAGCAGCAGGCAGUCUCAGGGUCAGGGCAGGCAGAGGUCAACAAUUCAGGGUGGUGUGACAAGGUACAGAACGGCAGGCAGGCUCAGGGUCAGGGCAGGCAGAAUGGUCAAAACCUGGAAACCAGGAACUUGAAAAAGACAGGAGCAAGGGGAAAACCGCUGGUAGGCUUGACGAAACAAAACGAACUGGCAACAAACAAACAGAGAACACAGGUAUAAAUACACUGGGGAUAAUGGGGAAGAUGGGCGACACCUGGAGGGGGGUGGAGACAAUCACAAAGACAGGUGAAACAAAUCAGGGUGUGACAAAGAGAUGUUAUGGUUUUCACCUAUUUCUCUGAUGAGAUUUCCCCCCCACCCCCACACCUUUUUGUUGUCUUUGUCAAUUAAGUGAUUUUCCAUAAAUUACUAAACUAACACUACAGUUCUAAUUGAAAACUGCUCAUGUGCAUAAUUUGACUGUUGUUUCCACAUUUUUCCAAUUUAUCAGAGGGCCUUCAUGUAUUUUGACAAUAAUGGUCCAGUACCUCACAUGGCCUCCUCAUCCAAACAGCAAAGGUGCCAAGAGGAUGCUUUUAUCAAAUUAAUGUGGGGCCCAGAAUUUUCACUAUCAGUAUGGGUGGGGUAUGUGUGGAACAAAAGGAAGCCUGUUACAAAUAUCUUGGAAGUUGGACAUGGGCCCGUGACAUUUAGCUUGUCGCCAGCUUUGUUAGAAAACUGUUGGGUGAGUCACAGCCUUGGGGUAUUUCAAGCAAUUCCUGUAUCAGGUUACAGAUGUUUUCCUUUAGGUACUCAGAGUCCCCACCGGGUCCCACAGUAAAAAAAGCUGCCUAUUUCCCUCGUCAAACUCAAAUCUCACUGCAUCUCUAUUGGGAAAAACAAAAAUACAAAACGAAAUUGACAGUGUUAGAGUCAAGCUUUGCCAACAUUGAUGUUGAGCUUGGUAUAACUCCACAGAACCCCCCAACCCCCCGCCCUCCCUGUCCCUUCACCUAUGGCCCUGUGCUCUCCUUGACCUUUCGACAUUUAGGACAUUCAUCAUUGGGCAGGAAAGGCUAUAUACCCACGUCAACUUUAAACUUCAGUCACAGAGAGUUUUUUCUCCAAGCGAUGUCAAUUUCUGUGAUUUAAGAGGAAACUCAUACAUUGUGCCUGCUGGGUAAAUAAAUUAGUUUAUAGACCCUCCCCCUUAAAGCCAAUACAUCAUUUGCACAAUAUGGGGAACUUUUGUUGUAUGCGUUCCACUAGAGUUUUUAAAGCAGUGGGGUACUAUAUAUAUAUACAGUUGAAGUCGGAAGUUUACAUACACCUUAGCCAAAUACAUUUAAACUCAGUUUUUCACAAUUCCUGACAUUUAAUCCUAGUAAAAAUUCCCUGUCUUAGGUCAGUUAGGAUCACCACUUUAUUUUAAGAAUGUGAAAUGUCAGAAUAAUAAUAGAGAUAAUGAUUUAUUUCAGCUUUGAUUUCUUUCAUCACAUUCCCAGUGGGUCAGAAGUUUAUAUACACUCAAUUAGUGUUUGGUAGCAUUGCUUUUAAAUUGUUUAACUUUGGUCAAACGUUUCGGUGUCACGCCCUGGCUCUGGGACUCUGUUAUGUUGAGCCAGGGUGUGUAGUUUCUAUGUGUUUGUGUUCUAGGUUCAUUAUCUAGCUCAUGUGUUUCUGUGUUGGCCGGGGUGGUUCUCAAUCAGAGGCAACGAGUAUCAGCUGUUGCUUGUUGUCUCUGAUUGGGAACCAUACUUAGGCAGCCUGUUUUCCACAGUGUAUUGUGGGAUCUUGUUCCGUGUUGGUUUGUGUAUGUAACCAAGGACUUCACGUUAUCGUUUUGUUGUUUUUGUUUCUUGUGGUGAAUCUAAAUAAAGUAUGUUGACUUAUCACGCUGCGCAUUGGUCCACUCCCUUCAACGAUCGUGACAGAAGAUCCCACCAAAACAGGACCAAGCAGCGUGUCCAGGAGCAAGCGCCGGGUAAGGAGCUGGAGAGGUUGGCGGUGGGCCAAUGGUGGUCCUGGGAGGACAUGCUCGCGGGAAAAGGGCCAUGGGCUAAAGUUAAGGCCCUGGCGAGAGAGGAGGUACGGCGCCAACAGUGCCGUCGUCAGACAGGCGAGAGGCAACCCCAAGUAAUUUUUAGGGGGGGGGGGGCACACGGCAUGGAUGACGGGGCAGCAGGAGGCAGCUACAGGGCGUAUCGGGAGAAUAGGAGAGGAGGCCACCAGGUUAAGGGGGCUAUUGGUCCAGAGGGAGCAGGAGUUAGUGGGUCAGAGGGAGGAGCUACUGGAGGCGAUAAGGGAGAAGGAGAGAGUAGAGGCACGGCGAGAGGAACUGUGUAGGCAGCUGAGGGAGCGGAGGGUUAUGAAGAAACCCAGUCCCGCUCCUCACACCAAGCAAGUGGUGUGUGUCACCAGUCCGGUCCGGCCCGUUCCUGCUCCCCGCACUAAGUUAGUGGUGCGUGUUCCCAGUCCGGCCCGACCCGUUCCUGCUCCCCGCACUAAGUUAGUGGUGCGUGUUCCCAGUCCGGCCCGACCCGUUCCUGCUCCCCGCACUAAGUUAGUGGUGCGUGUUCCCAGUACGGCCCAACCCGUGUCUGCUCCCCGCACUAAGUUAGUGGUGCGUGUUCCCAGUCCGGCCCGACCCGUUCCUGCUCCCCGCACUAAGUUAGUGGUGCGUGUUCCCAGUCCGGCCCGACCCGUUCCUGCUCCCCGCACUAAGUUAGUGGUGCGUGUUCCCAGUACGGCCCAACCCGUUCCUGCUCCCUGCACUAAGUUAGUGGUGCGUGUUCCCAGUCCGGCCCGACCUGUUCCUGCUCCCCGCACCAAGCUUAUGGUGCGCGUCGCCAGCCCGGUCCGGCCUGUUCCUGCCCCUCGCACCAAGCCUAUGGUGCGCGUCGCAAGCCCGGCCCGGCCUGUUCCUGCUCCCCGCACCAAGCCAAUGGUGCGCGUCGCCAGCCCGGCCCGGCCUGUUCCUGCUCCCCGCACCAAGCCAAUGGUGCGCGUCGCCAGCCCGGCCCGGCCUGUUCCUGCUUCCCGCACCAAGCCAAUGGUGCGCGUCGUCAGCCCGGCCCGGCCCGUACCUGCUCCCCGCACCAAGCCUGUGGUGCGCAUCGUCAGCCCGGUCCGGCCCGUUCCUGCUCCCCGCACCAAGCCAGGGGUGCGAGUCGUCAGCCCGGUCCGGCCCGUUCCUGCUCCCCGCACCAAGCCAGGGGUGCGCGUCGUCAGCCCGGUCCGGCCCAUUCCUGCUCCCCGCACCAAGCCUGUGGUGCGCGUCGUCAGUCCGGUCCGGCCCGUUCCUGCUCCCCGCACCAAGCCAGGGGUGCGCGUCGUCAGUCCGGCACAGCCCGUGCCUAAGCAAUCCGCUCCACCGAUGUCCAGGCCAGCUCCAGCCAGCGGGGCCAGACCGGACCAGGGGCGCUACGGGGGGAUUGUUGGAGGGUGGUGGUCAAGCCCGGAGCCGGAACCGCCUCCGAGGAGGAAUGCUCACCCGGCCCUCCCCUGUUCGGUUUAUGUUUGGCGCGGUCGCAGUCCGCGCCUUUGGGGGGGGGUACUGUCACGCCCUGGCUCUGGGACUCUGUUAUGUUGAGCCAGGGUGUGUAGUUUCUAUGUGUUUGUGUUCUAGGUUCAUUAUCUAGCUCAUGUGUUUCUGUGUUGGCCGGGGUGGUUCUCAAUCAGAGGCAACGAGUAUCAGCUGUUGCUUGUUGUCUCUGAUUGGGAACCAUACUUAGGCAGCCUGUUUUCCACAGUGUAUUGUGGGAUCUUGUUCCGUGUUGGUUUGUGUAUGUAACCAAGGACUUCACGUUAUCGUUUUGUUGUUUUUGUUUCGUGUGGUGAAUCUAAAUAAAGUAUGUUCACUUAUCACGCUGCGCAUUGGUCCACUCCCUUCAACGAUCGUGACAUUCGGGUAGCCUUCCACAAGCUUCCCACAAUAAGUUGGGUGAAUUUUGGCCCAUUCCUCCUGACAGAGCUGGUGUAACUGAGUCAGGUUUGUAGGCCUCCUUGGUCGCACACACUUUUUCAGUUCUGCCCACACAUUUCCUAUAGGAUUGAGGUCAGGGCUUUGUGAUGGCCACUCCAAUACCUUGACUUUGUUGUCCUUAAGCCAUUUUGCUACAACUUUGGAAAUAUGCUUGGGGUCAUUGUCCAUUUGGAAGACCCAUUUGAGAGCAAGCUUUAACUUCCUGACUGAUGUCUUAAGAUGCUGCUUCAAUAUAUCCACAUUAUUUUCCUUCCUCAUGAUGCCAUCUAUUUUGUGAAGUGCACCAGUCCCUCCUGCAGCAAAGCACUCACACAGCAUGAUGCUGCCACCCCCGUGCUUCACGGAUGGGAUGGUGUUCUUCGGCAUGCAAGCCACCCCCUUUUUCCUCCAAACAUAACGAUGGUCAUUAUGGCCAAACAAUUAUAUUUUUGUUUCAUCAGACCAGAGGACAUUUCUCCAAAAAGUACGAUCUUUGUCCCCAUGUGCAGUUGCAAACCGUAGUAUGGCUUUUUUAUGGCUGUUUUGGAGCAGUGGCUUCUUCCUUGCUGAGCUGCCUUUUAGGUUAUGUCGAUAUAGGACUCUUUUUACUGUGCAUAUAGAUACCUUUGUAUCGGUUUCCUCCAGCAUCUUCACAAGGUCCUUUGCUGUUGUUCUGGGAUUGAUUUGCACUUUUCGCACCAAAGUACGUUCAUCUCUAGGAGACAGAACGCGUCUCCUUCCUGAGCGGUCUGACGGCUGCAUGGUCCCAUGAUGUUUAUACUUGCGUAAUAUUGUUUGUACAGAUGAAUGUGGUACCUUCAGGUGUUUGGAAAUUGCUCCCAAGGAUGAACCAGACUUGUGGAGGUCUACAAUUGUUUUUCUGAGGUCUUGGCUGAUUUCUUUAGAUUUUCCCAUGAUGUCAAGCAAAGAGGCACUGAGUUUGAAGGUAGGCCUUGAAAUACAUCCACAGGUACACCUCAAAUUGACUCAUAUGAUGUAAAUUAGCCUAUCAGAAGCUUCUAAAGCCAUGACAUCAUUUUCAGGAAUUUUCCAAGCUGUUUAAAGGCACAGUCAACUUAGUGUAUGUAAACUUCUGACCCACUGGAAUUGUGAUACAGUGAAUUAUAAGUGAAAUAAUCUGUCUGUAAACAAUUGUUGGAUAAAUUACUUAUGUCAUGCACAAAGUAGAUGUCUUAACCGACUUGCCAAAACGAUAGUUUGUUAACAAGAAAUGUGUGAAGUGGUUGAAAAACGAGUUUUAAAGACUCCAACCUAAGUGUAUGUAAACUUCCGACUUCAACUGUAUGUAUAUAUAAAUAUAUAGUGUUCAUUCAUUAAUUUCCAAUGCAGUGGCUCCUGUUUGAUGAGGUAGUCAGGGUCUCUGUGUGAGACUGCUCUAAUUGUGUCAAUGACUGUAUAGGGAAUUGUGUACAAUAUAUGACACAUUCCAGUGCAUCUUAACAUAUCUAUAAUCAGAAACUUCGUAACAUUACAACCGCCCCGUUGGACAGGACAUAAACUACUAUACUGCAUAUACAGUUAUCCAGUUCUAAAAACAUAACACAGAGAUCAGUAAUGACCAGAGCUCUCCUCCUUGCCCGUCCCGUCUGUGUGAGGCGACCUCUCUCCUGGUGGGAUGUUGAUCCCCAACCCCAGCUAGCCAUAACGGCUGAUGUUACCUCUUCUCCCAUUGAAGCUGGCAAAACAAGGCCCGUCAGCUUUCUAGGUGUAAAACUAGUGCCACCUGCUGAUGAUCUAGGGAACACUCAUUUCUCUCUAUGCUCAUAAUUUACCCUGGGGUCCCUCGCUGCUCGGCUGCAGCCAAGAACACCAAAUCAAGUCUACGAUCACACAGACCCCCCACUGCUAGAGCUACAACUGGAAGCAAACAAGUAAAGUGGAUUAAGUUCUUAUGGAGAAGAAGAAAAACAUUUCCUUUCUUUUUGUUUUCCUUUCAACGGUCAGAAUCUAGGGCAGCAGACCCUACGUUGUCCCAGCCUCUUACUGUACUGUGCUGUAUAUGGUCAUGGUAGUCUGUCUAUUUUAAUGGGCUUCCACGGUCUGUCUCUCCUUAUACAUAAGGGAGGCACUUCAGAUGUCCCCAGGUCCUGCUGCUACUAAAGAGUUACAAGGCCAUCCAUGUUAAGGAGCUCAGUAAAUCAUACUAUAGCGAACAAGUCUGUCCCAAACACUGGGGAAGAUACGCACAGCAACUUCACACAUUCCAAGUCAACUCUUAAAGUUAAUGUGACAAUAACACUGUCACUGAGACUCAUACAGAAGUGUUACCAUGGUAGGUGACUUUCACUACAACCACUCAACUGUUGGAACAUCUGUCUCCAUGGCGAUACAGUUUCAACUCAAACAGUGACUCAUCCUUAAGCUAAACAAUGUAUGGUCAUAACGUCAUUCCUCUCCUCUUUCUCACACUGCUGCCAGUGAAACGGGGAACCCCACUAAAUAUUUAAAAGGUGAUUACUCAUAUGGGCCAGUUUGUGAUCCUGAUGCAUAGAGACAGAGAUAACCAGAGGGAAAAGUCUGAAGUCUCUCCCAUGCAGAUACAUUUGACAGAUUCACUAUAUCCUCUGGCUAACACCCCUUUACACUCCUUUAAAUAAUGUCCAAUCCCUCGCUCUCUCUCCCCUAACAUCCUUUUCCUGCACUCUGCCAAUCGGAGGAAGAGAGACAGAGGCGAGGUGAUAAGAACAUUAGAAUUCCAGUGACCUGCCAACUUGCCAAGAGAAAUGGGUCUGCUUCCUCAACAGCCCGGCUGGUGUGUGUGUGUGUGUGUGUGUGUGUGUGUGUGUGCGUGCGCGCGGCAUUUGUGUUUGUGUGUAUUUGUGUGUGUGGUGGUGGGGGGGAUCCUAACAGUACCUCCAGCCUGAGGGCCUGAGAGAGAAGAGAGACGCACAGCCAGGCUCAUUGUUCCAGAGCCUGCGACCUUUCCAUAGGGAACUGGCUGGUGGGUGGGAGGCUCAUUUCCGAGGAUUGUUGGAGGGCUUUGAAAACUUCAGAAGGAGGGGAGAUAGGGUGUGAGUGCAUCUGUGUGUGCGAGUAUGUGUAUGUGAGUGAGGGGAACAGGGGGAGGGGACUCUGAGCCUGGGGAGGAGGAGGGUGAUUUUUGGAGAUGGGGCGGGGUAUUUCCAAAACCAACUCUUUAAAAACAAAUAGCAGUCCCGGAGAGGCCUCAGAUACUUUUGGCAGCUAGCUAGCGUGGAUAGAUCAGGACCAGGCAGGGAAGCAGACAUGACAGCCUUCGGGGAACUGAUGCUGCUGGUGCUGGGGCUGAUGGUGACGGCUCACUGUGAGGUUAGGGCUAGAGACCCUGAGGUGGAGGAAGAGGACCAAGACCUGCCUGUGGAGAGAGGAGGCUGGGAUACCCAGGGGGUGGGUGUCCACCCUGGACCUGGGGAGUUUGACAUCCCCCACCAGAGGAAUGGACCCCAUGGCCACAGACCUGAUGUCCCUGGCUCUGCCCACCACCCCGUGGGGCACGGACCACAUGGGCAACCCCAUCAGGCUGGUCCUGGACAACACCCCCUGGGUCUGCUGCCCAAGGAGACAGCACCUCCACCAGGAGAAGGAGGGAGCUACCCAGCCCGCACCGGGUAAGUGUUUGUUCACAGUAGCGAGCCACCUCUCAGCUGAUAGGCAGCCUGUGCAGACAAGUAUCUAUAGGAGUAGAAAAACACACCACCUGUGGAUCAACAAACACACACAUGCACUUUCACAGCAUGCACAUCAAACAGAACAUUAAAUGUUUGGUCUACCAGCAUGUAUGUAAUAGCAGCUACCACCCAGGUUGAGAACCUGGAGCAGCUCACAAAUGCCUAGAAAUACGGCUUUUAUGAGGGAUGGGUUUCAAAUGGGGGUGUCUUCCUGCAGGCUUUUUCCCUCUCAGCACAUUCAACUCUUUCCGACCUCUCCUAUGUGGAAACAUUUGGUAUCUCUUUAAUCUUCCUAUGCAAUCAGCACGAAGCUUGAGCUGAUGGGGAAACUAAACAAAGGCAAAGUGUUUUAGCAAACAUUUAUGUGCCCUCAGCAGAAUGAGUCUGUACACAAACUGCAAUGGUUUCACUGGCUCGGUGUGUCAUAAAUAGGCUGAAAUGGUUUUCCUCUCUAUAUAGCCAAGUUAUCAUUACCCAAGCCUAAUCAAUAGUAAUUCAUCUUAAUUGCAGAGAAAGCCAUAAGAGAGCCAUAGGUUUCCUGUACUUUGUGCUCGAAGCCCAAGCUGCUGGCAGAGCCCGAUCUUUGCUCCAGACGGUUACUGGACACCGUCAUUAUUCUAACCCAGAUACAUACAUUACACCCCAAAUUGCCUGAUCCCCCGAUAAUGUGCUCCCUGAGGAGCUAGCCCAAACAGCCAGCGAUUAGCCCUCCUUAAGAGCAGCCACUUAAACGUUUACUUAACGAUGUUAUUCAAAGAAUACCUUAUUUUUCUUGUGUGUCACCCCCAUUACUGUAAUGGAGUGCAGGUUUGGGCCGGGAAGCGUGCGGUUGUGACCUGUGAUAUCUCUGAUGGACAAUUUUCAUUGGAGGCUCUUGUGGCGGAGGAGGCUGGGGGUCAAUGGGAGGUUCACCUUGUGAAGAGAGGUAUAUUCAGUCAGUGUGUGAAGAGCUCUUACUCUGCAAUGUAAAAAGUAUACUGUCUUUUGCUACCUCUGAAUUCAACCCAGGUUCAUGGUUAGAAUGGAUAUGUGAAAGGUAUUCAGGCGAGUCCUUCCUCUUCAUUGUUAAAAAAUCUAUGCACUUCGGCCUUGGAGUCUGUAAAGGGAAAACACAUUGGUUGUUAAGAAUAGAAAAAACAUUUUUCUGCAAACUUCAAUUUGUCAGUAACUGAAUACUCCUUACAUCUAAAGAGCACUGACUAUGCAAAGGAAAAAAUGUUUAUUCUUCUUCUUUUCAAAAUGUAUUUUUGUUACAAACUUCUAUUUGUCCUCCAAGAGUGUCUGAGUACCUUUAGCAUAUGAAUAACACUGACUAACAGGUCAGAUAUCUCAGUUUAUUUUAGUGCUGAAUGGUUUUCAGUACAGUGUUUUUGGCAUGUUUUCAUCCCCAGGAUGUAGCAGCUCCGGUUGUUUUUGGUGUGUAUACUGCCUGAGCGAGUGCUCAGGGUCUAGGUGAUGUGUGUGUGUGUGUGUGUGUGCUACGGUGCUAGGAUAAUUCCCUCCGGUGGUGCAGACAUUGUGCUGCUGGGUCUGAGGAUGUUCCAUUCUACACGCUGCUGGACCCAGGUAUGGAACAACGCGUGUGUUAGAACCCAGGGGGUGGGCGAUGAAUGUGGAUAUACGAGGGGCGUUGGGAUGGACGGCUCACGGCUGACCUGAGGCUUUGGGCCAUUGGUACGCAUGGGGAGCUCUGAAAGGCCACUGACAGGGAGGGAAUGUAUUGUAGACCUGUGGACUACUACAUUGUAGCUAGCAAACAGAACAGAACUAUGUGGAAGCAAAGUGGAGCAGGCCCAGACAACAGGCUAAACAACUCAAUACAAGAAGCCAUGAACAAGGCAAGUAUGAGGGAGGAGUAGUUAACUGCUUAAGCUGUUUUAAUUAAUUCUGCUCAUAUAUUUGAAUGCAACAUGGUACAUCCAUCACACACUAGAGUGCACUAUCUGUAGCAUCAUUGCUAAUGGCAAUGCAUAAUUAACUGUCCUUUUACGACUAUCAUAUUUAAUAAAUGUCUUUCAUUACGCACUAUCAUUACAAUCAACAUAAUAGGAAGAAACGCUAAAAGAAUGAAAUCAAGACAUGUCCAAGUCUAAAGCCUGGCCCUCCUGCUGGGGUCCAUAGAGGGGUUCUGAGGCUGUACUGUCCCCCCUCGCGGGAGGCUCUGCUGCGGCCUCCGCUGAUUACAUCUCCCAGCUCCAGCUUCCAGAGCGGAAACUCCGUCUCAUCCGCUCCCUUCCGAUCCCUCAGCGGCCCGUCUCGGACCCCUCGGAAAAAGGGCAUUCCGAUCCACCACCAAUGAAGCAGGAAUGGCUGCGUGUCUAGAAUGGAUGUGUGGCAAAUUCUGCUUGUUGAUGCUAUGCUCACUUCACCCUCACUCUCUGACUCACUGUCAUAAAAUAUGGCCUAAGGGAAUCAGCUUUGAUUCUCAGUGUGCUUGGCCUCGGCCACUCUGCCAGUGGUAUUGUCACAAAGGCCUUUUGUGUACAGUAGGGUUUCAGAGUCCAUGUCGACUCAAUGGCUAACAGGGCCCCCAUACUCAUCUGGUUAUAUUCUCUUUUGUUUCUGAAUCAACAUCAUCUGCAGCAGUCAGGGUCCACACUUUGAACACUCUCCGACACAAUGUGGCUUUUCUUGAACUAAAUAAAAAAUAAAAAAGGCCACAGCGCAGCAUAAAGGGGACAGUGUUAUCCAGGCCAGCUGUACUGUAUAAGCAACAAGCAAAUAGGAGUCUGGGCUUUGAAACCAAAAACAAAGCUCUUCUGUUAGUAUUAGUUCUUCAUUUAUCUUGCAAAUGGAGUAUCUGGGUCUGGUAUUGUUAGUGCUAUAAAAAAAUCUGAUUUAGCUUUAUGACAUGACUCUUCAACCUUGAACAAAGACUACAGAGCCUCUUAGCUAACUUGGUUAGCCCUGUUUGGCAACCUCGGCUCUCCUCCCAGCCAGCCUAAUCAAGCCCAUUGACCUCCAUUAUUAGACUGUGGGAGAGGCCAGUGUCGCAGUGUGAACACAGCUCUAGUAUCAUAUCACCAUGAUAGAGAAACGCACCACCAAAGCUGUAUGACAGAGCUGUGUGAGGGUUUGCCAAAUGUAUUUGCUGUAGAAAGUGACUGGGGAUAAGGAUUCGGGAUUCUUACAUCUUCCCCAAUGUGUGUAUGUUGUGUGUGUUGUCUGUGUUUGUGUGUGUGCGCAUGUGGAUACCCGUGGGUAUGCUGCGUGGCAGAGUGUCCCAGGAUGGAGUAGGUUACGAUGUAUGAGAGCGUCAGACACUUCCUUCCUGGUCAAAGCCAGAGAUGGGAGCCGUAGGCCUACAGGAGGUAAUUACACAGCUAUUGUGCUCUCCCAGGGAUGGCCCUCAAUGAUGUCACAGCAGACCAAGAGGAAGUGACAUGGGGCAGCUCUGACUCUGCCAAGCGAGUAGCACGGCGGUGGGGUUGAGCGAGGAAGGACCAAAUAUUGUAGAUGUCAAGAGGUCAUUGACAAAUUGGAAUUCACAUUGAGAAAUGGGAAUUUCCAGUGAAAAUGUUCAACUUUUCAACCAAGCAGUGUGGGGGAACCCUAAUUCCUAGAAUUUUGUGAACCACAUUGCCACUGCUGGGGGCUGGUAAGAAUCCAGUAUGUACUUUUUUCUCUGCCAGAAAGUGAGUGCACAUUUCACUUGUGAUGACAGGAAGAGCAGGGGCUGCCAGACCGCAAUGUUCCCAUACUGUAAAAAUUGCAUAAUAUUGUUCUAUUGUGAAAUUUCGAAGACGAGCUCAAGUGCAGAACACAGUUUGUGACACACUAGAGGCCAAAUCAAACUGUACGGGGGUAAAUAGUCAAAGUAUCAGUGACCCUCUAGUCAUUUCACCAAACAUUCCACACUCUGAGUUUACAUUCAGUCCUGUUGAACGAGGAUAUUGCUCAAUAUUUUUUCUAUUUGGUAUUGGAAGGGGGAAAUUAUCCUUGUAUUUGCUUUCUUAUGGCAAUCCUCAUGUACUCAACAUUUGUUAGACUAGCUUUUUUGUUGUGGCACUGUUUAGUCUGUGUAGGGAUGAACACUGUGGAAGAGCUGGAGACUGUUAGAGGGGGUCAAGAGACCGUGUUCUCUCAGUUUAUGAAAUUUGAGAUGAGUGCUGGGUUGUGUUGUGACACCCCUCCCCACUAACUCUUUAUUCAGCAUGAGUUCCCUCUUACAGAGCGCAUGCAUUUGUAGCUAACUGGGCCAAGAGAAAGACAGGCUUGGAUCGGAGUGAGGGAAAAGGUGAACCCUCUUGUUCUCCUCAUCAGUAAAGGUCAAAUGUCUCCGGUCUACACAUUCUCAGUCUCUGCAGUAUAGAGUAAGUCUCAAACAAGCCGUGGUGGUACGUGUGUCUGCAAUACGUGAAGGACUUUGGCUACACUCCAAUAUCAGGGCCACAAUGAUGCGGUCACUUGCUUGUUAACCACCUGUUGUCUUGGAAACAGAUUAAGGACUUUGGUUUAAUCCUCUCCACUCCUCUGCAGCUGCCCCCCUGAAGCUUCAAGGGUCUUUGUUUGGUCUGGCCUGGACACAGAGGUGGUGGAUUGGAGAGCCAAUGACACACUCAUGUUGAGGAUCUUCCAAUACAGGGUCCUGUGAGUCGUACGGCCUGUACCAUGACUGAGGAACAGAGAGGGGGGAUAACGCUGAGAAUACAUAACUAUGUCUAGAAGUUCUUCUUAACCUUGAAUGGUUGAGCUAGGUCAGAUAGAGCUUGUCCUAUUUAGGAAACACUCACAGUCAAACACACAUAAACACACACAUGAAGAGUUCAUUAACCCUUGACCGGCAUCCCCUCCAUACAAUGCUACAGACCACAGUGGAAGGGAGUGGUUUGGCAAAACAUAACAGCCACUUCACCUUGCCUUUCCAUCCACAUGGGGUCUCUGAGUCACAGGUUCAGCAAGGUGAGCCAGAAAAAACACUAAACACCAGAUCUGAUGUGUCACACUAACCGCUCCCCCCACCACAUGCAUCAGUUUGAGGGGCCCCGGGCCGCCUGCUCGCCUGGUGUUUACAGUCAAUGCUUUCCCUCGUUGAUGACCUCACGUCUGAUCGUGUCCUGAUUGCGAGGGACAAGGGGGCGUGGGGUUUGUCUCAGACAGGGCCACCCAGGAGCAGUGAAAUCCAUCCCCCCUCCACACCUGUUUCACCUGGGUCAGGGGCUGGUGGUGAGAUGACCCCUGCUGUGAUGUAGACUGACCCCUGGCUAUCCUUCAUCUUCUCCAAUGGGCUGUUUGGACAGUCUGGGUCUGGAACAGGUUAGCACAGCUCAGUGCAGUGCUGUGCUGGUUAGGGAGGGUCAGAAGGGGAGAGCCGCUGUAGCAAAUGAAGGUCAUGGGGUUCAAAUGGAAUAUGAUGGCAUAAGUCUCCAGAAACUGAGAUAGAUAAAUACCUGUGGAAUUCAUUGAAAUCAAACAAUUCUGCUGGAAAAUAAAAGUGAAUACAAUUUCCCUGAUUAGAUAUGCAGACAGCAGUGUGAAGGUCCUGAAAAGAAAGCCAGCCUAUAGAUGCCUUUGGCCAGUCAUUAGGUGCUACGUACAGUUGAAGUCAGAAGUUUACAUACACUUAGGUUGGAGUUAAUAAAACUUGUUUUUCAACCACUCCACAAAUUUCUUGUUAACAAACUAUAGUUUUGGCAAGUUGGUUAGGACAUCUACUUUGUGCAUGACACAAGUAAUUUAUCCAACAAUUGUUUACAGACAGAUUAUUUCACUUAUAAUUCACUGUAUCACAAUUCCAGUGGAUCAGAAGUUUACAUACACUAAGUUGACUUUGCCUUUAAACAGCUUGGAAAAUUCCAGAAAAUGAUGUCAUGGCUUUAGAAGCUUCUGAUAGGCUAAUUGACAUCAUUUGAGUCAAUUGGAGGUGUACCUGUGGAUGUAUUUCAAGGCCUACCUUCAAACUCAGAGCCUCUUUGCUUGACAUUAUGGGAAAAUCAAAAGAAAUCAGCCAAGACCUCAGAAAGAAAAUUGUUGGCCUCCACAAGUCUGGUUCAUCCUUGGGAGCAAUUUCCAAAUGCCUCAAGAUACCACGUUCAUCUGUACAAAAAAAGUAUGCAAGUAUAAACACCAAGGGACCACGCAGCCGCCAUACCGCUCAGGAAGGAAACGCGUUCUGUCUCCUAGAGAUGAACGUACUUUGGUGCGAAAAAUGCAAAUCAAGCCCAGAACAACAGCAAAGGACCUUGUGAAGAUGCUGGAGGAAACAGGUACAAAAGUAUCUAUAUCCACAGUAAUACGAGUCCUAUGUCAACAUAACCUGAAAGGCCGCUCAGCAAGGAAGAAGCCACUGCUCCAAAACUGCCAUAAAAAAGCCAGACUACAGUUUGCAACUGCACAUGGGGACAAAGAUCGUACUUUUUUGAGAAAUGUCCUUUGGUCUGAUGAAACAGAAAUUGAACUGUUUGGCCAUAAUGACCAUCGUUAUGUUUGGAGGAAAAAGGGGGAUGCUUGCAAGCCGAAGAACACCAUCCCAACCGUAAAGCAUGGGGGUGGCAGCAUCAUGCUAUGGGGGUGGCUUUGCUGCAGGAGGGACUGGUGCACUUCACAAAAUGUAUGGCAUCAUGAGGAAGGAAAAUUAUGUGGAUAUAUAUUGAAGCAACAUCUCAAGACAUCAGUCAGGAAGUUAAAGCUUGGUCGCAAAUGGGUCUUCAAAAUGGACAAUGAUCCCAAGCAUACUUCCAAAGUUGUGGUAAAAUGGCUUAAGGACAACAAAGUCAAUGUAUUGGAGUGGCCAUCACAAAGCCCUGACCUCAAUCCUAUAGAAAAUGUGUGGGCAGAACUGAAAAAGCGUGUGCAAUCAAGGAGGCCUACAAACCUGACUCAGUUACACCAUCUCUGUCAGGAGGAAUGGACCAAAAUUCACCCAACUUAUUGUGGGAAGCUUGUGAAAGGCUACCCAAAACAUUUGACCCAGUUAAACAACUUAAAGGCAAUGCUACCAAAUACUAAUUGAGUGUAUGUAAACUUCUGACCCACUGGGAAUGUGAUGAAAUAAAUAAAAGCUGAAAUAAAUCAUUCUCUCUACUAUUAUCCUGACAUUUCACAUUCUUAAAAUAAAGUGGUGAUCCUAACUGACCUAAGACAGGGAAUUUUUACUAGGAUUAAAUGUCAGGAAUUGUGAAAAAACUGAGUUGAAAUGUAUUUGGCUAAGGUGUAUGUGAACUUCCGUCUUCAACUGUAUGUGCUGAGAAGGUAGAGUUGGAAGCAGGGAAUCAUUAUUUCAGCGCUACCCUUGGGAGGAACCAGGUGGGUGAGUCACCAUGCCAGGCCUGAGAACUGAAGCUGGCAGUAAAAGGCCCAUUAGUAAUGGGGGGUAGAUAGGGGUCAGGAGGGUGACUGCACUGGGAGCGAUAAGACAACUCAACGACAAAGCAACUGUAAAAAAGAAAAAUAUUUGGGAAACGUCUUUUGAAAUGUAUGCCACCGAAACACACAAACAAUACGUGCUUCAAGAGUCCAACAGCACCCAAAUAAGGUUGGAUGAAAAGGCAGAUGUUGCUGAAUGGAUUUUUAUUUUGGGCCCUGUUAACUCUAAAUCAAGAUAAAUGAAAAUGAACACUAUGCAUUAUGACUGUUAAGUUAUGGGAAAGUCCAGUGGUCAGUAUCUGGAGAGGAUGUUAUGUUUGUAGCCCUGACCUGUAGAAACAGGAAGGAUAACCACAGAAUUGCAAACAAGCAAACUGUGAGACAGCAGCAGUAGCCGUUAAGACAGAGAGAGCUGUAAGCCCAGGAGGAAGACAGACUGACCUUCACCCCUCAGCUGUCUCCCAGCUUCCUGUUUCAUUACACAUACACUACCCUUCAAAAGUUUGGGGUCACUUAGAAAGGUCCUUGUUUUUCAAAAGAAAAGCAAUUUUUUUGUCCAUUAAAAUAACAUCAAAUUGAUCAGAAAUACAGUGUAGACAUUGUUAAUGUUGUAAAUGGCUAUUGUUGCUGGAAACGGCUGAUUUUUAAUUGAAUAUCUACAUAGGCGUACAGAGGACCAUUAUCAGCAACCAUCAGUCCUGUGUUCCAAUGGCACGUUGUGUUUGCUAAUCCAAGUUUAUCAUUUUAAAAGGUUAAUUGAUCAUUAUAAAACCCUUUUGCAAUUAUGUUAGCACAGCUGAAAACUGUAGUGCUGAUUAAAGAAGCAAUAAACUCGCCUUCUUGAGACUAGUUGAGUAUCUGGAGCAUCAGCAAUUGUGGGUUCGAUUACAGGCUCAAAACGGCCAGAAAUCGUCAGUCUAUUCUUGUUCUGAGAAAUGAAGGCUAUUCCAUGCGAGAAAUUGCCAAUAAACUGAAGAUCUCGUACAACGCUGUGUACUACUCCCUUCACAGAACAGCGCAAACUGGCUCUAACCAGAAUAGAAAGAGGAGUGGGAGGCCCCGGUGCACAACUGAGCAAGAGGACAAAUACAUUAGAGUGUCUAGUUUGAGAAACAGACGCCUCACAGGUCCUCAAAUGGCAGCUUCAUUAAAUAGUACCCGCAAAACACCAGUCUCAAAGUCAACAGUGAAGAGGCGACUCCGGGAUGCUGACCUCCUAGGCAGAGUUGCAAAGAAAAAGCCAUAUCUCAGACUGGCCAAUAAAAAGAAAAUAUUAAGAUGGGCAAAAGAACACAUACACUGGACAGAAGAAGAUUGGAAAAAAGUGUCAUGGACAGACGAAUUGAAGUUUGAGGUGUUCGGAUCACAAAGAACAACAAUUGUGAGACACAGACCAAAUGAAAAGAUGCUGGAGGAGUGCUUGAUGCCAUCUGUCAAGCAUGGUGGAGGCAAUGUGAUGGUCUGGGGGUGCUUUGGUGGAGGUAAAGUGGGAGAUUUGAACAGGGUAAAAGGGAUCUUGAAGAAGGAAGGCUAUCACUCCAUUUUGCAACGCCAUGCCAUACCCUGUGGACUGCGCUUGAUUGGAGCCAAUUUCCUCCUACAACAGGACAAUGACCCAAAGCACAGCUCCAAGCUAUGCAAGAACUAUUUAGGGAAAAAGUAGUCAGCUGGUAUUCUGUCUAUAAUGGAGUGGCCAGCACAGUCACCGGAUCUCAACCCUAUUGAGCUGUUGUGGGAGCAGCUUGACCGUAUGGUACGUAAGAAGUGCCCAUCAAGCCAAUCCAACUUGUGGGAGGUACUUCAGGAAGCAUGGGGUGAAAUCUCUUCAGAUUACCUCAACAAAUUGACAACUAGAAUGCCAAAGGUCUGCAAGGCUGUAACUGCUGCAAAUGGAGGAUUCUUUGACGAAAGCAAAUUUUGAAGGACACAAUUAUUAUUUCAAUAAAAAAAUCAUUAUUUCUAACCUUGUCAAUGACUACAUUUCCUAUUCAUUUUGCUAUAUUUCCUAUCCAAAUUCAUUUCAUGUAUGUUUUCAUGGAAAACAAGGACAUUUCUAAGUGACCCCAAACUUUUGAACGGUAGUGUAGAUAUUGCACAGUAUCAAAGGAAUGACGCUGUAUGCUUGUGUCCUCUUCCAGAAACUGGUGUGCAUUCGUGCACCGCCGCAUUGAAACCAUGGCUGUAUCCUGUGGCAAAGAACAGUACACCAUCAAGUCCCAGAGCCCCUGUCCCAAUGGCACGCCUGACUGCCAACUUGUCAUGUGAGUUCAGCCCACUGUGCAUUCAAACGUCAACUUCAACCACAUGUUAACAGUACACUGCAUUACAUUACAGAUUGACAAUGCACACUCAAAUCCCCUUGCAUUGCACAUUGCUCAAUGCAGCAUUCUCAUAUAAUAACAAUAAUAAUAUCUUAUUUACGAUCCAUCAGUUCAAUUUCAGGCGAAAACCAAUGUGUGUGUGUGUGUGUGUUUGUAACCUUGUUUUCUGUGUGUUUAGGUACAAGCUCUCUACCCGGCCAGUGUACAGAGAGAAGCAAAAGAUCUUCACAGCCCUGUUGUGGAGGUGCUGCCCAGGACAUGGAGGGGAGAACUGUGAGGAAACAGGUACUGAAACAGAGCUAGACACAACUGAUACACACAUGCUGUAUACUGUAGGCCCCUAUAAGUCAAUGAGCAUCAAAACGAGUGUUAGUAAUUGCAUUUUGGCAUAAGAAGUAACCUUACGGUGCAAUAUGCCUCCACUGGCCUACUCUAGACGUUCUCCUGGAUUACUUGAUGAGUUUGGCUCGGACUCUUUUUACUAAUAGUAUGAUUUAGGGUCUUUUCGUUCAGCGACAAAUCUCGAGUAGAUUUCCUGUGUGUGAAAUGGCCCUUAACUCGGCGAGAGAGACCGGCUGAGAAAAUCAUGUGUUUACGAAAGCUGGUGGAACCAAUAAAAGUAACAUCCUCUCCCUGCGCUCCUGCUCUCCUCUCGCUUCCUCUUUCUCUCUCCCUCCCUCUAUUCCUCAGUGGCUGAUGGCCAUGUGUCUGACCCGGCGGACCCUACGUUGGCAGGACGACCACAUCCAGGAGACACUGAGCCUCACCACACAGGUAGGUCUGCUCAUCUGACCCGUCUGUUUACAUGUUGGGGGGGGGGGUGACUGGGUGAGCUGGCCUUCAAUCAAACGCCCCGUGCCGCCCUCUCUGACUCAAACAAACUGAACAAACCGAGGAAACGGCAGUGGGCCAGGAGAACAAGCAUUUGUGUAAAAGCUAUAGCAGGCUGUGGGAAGUUCGUCACCUCCCAGGGGAGGGAGGAAAGGGUGUGUGACAAUUCUCAAGGCAUCAAGCUAGGCUGUAGAGGGGGUGUGACCCUAUCCCACCCCACACAUGUAGCUAGGAGCCCAAACACACCGAGUCACCCGUACACAAACACAUAUGCAGGCAUGCAGAAAAAAUACUGAAAACAGGCAGGAGCUGAGACACUAAAAAUAACCCUCUGCCCUUUUAGGCCAGUUCUAGGCCAAGAUAAAGACGUAAAGUUCCCCGUUAUCAGCUGGUCCGCUCUCAGUCCCUCCACGCCCCUCAUUGAGAGGGCUUCCUAAACCGCAAAGGUCUCAUAUAAUUAAUUCUUCACGACUACUGGAGUCCAGUAGCUAUUAUGUUACACACACUAAUCAAGCACACACACAGGGUUGGCUGAAGUUGGGUCAGAAGUGGGGGACAGAGAGCUCACCCAAGGCUAUGGUUCUCAUGGUCAGGGGAGAGAGACACAGCUUCUACUCUGUGCCACUGUGUUGAAUGAAAGCCUCUCAUAACAUACCAUCUAUCUGUCUGUUAUCGGUCUGUCUAGGUGCACAGUCUAGACUCACCCACCAGGCUGAGAGGGAGCAGAAUGACUUCCAGGUGUCGGAGAAUCCUCUGUACGAACCCCAUGCCUCAGAGGCUGACAACAACAACACACACACAGAGUCCCCCUCAUACCCUCGACAGGCCCAGGAGCACAUCCCUCACCAUGGCUACGACCACCCCCACAACCCUUACCCCAACCACCACCAGCGGGACUUCAACCAUGGAGGUAAGUUGGGACCCUAGAAUCACUAGUACUGUACUAACAUCAUGUUAAUUCACACUGGGAAAAAGUUAGGAUGCCAGGAUUGUGACUGUGCUUCAGGAGGUAAUCAGGGCCAUGAAAAGGAGACAGGGUAAUCAUCAACACCCCUAAAAUCAGGGCCUGAAAAGGAAGCAGGGUAAUCAUCAACACCCCUAAAAUCAGGGCCAUGAAAAGGAGACAGGGUAAUCAUCAACACCCCUAAAAUCAGGGCCAUGAAAAGGAGACAGGGUAAUCAUCAACACCCCUAAAAUCAGGGCCAUGAAAAGGAGGCAGGGUAAUCAUCAACACCCCUAAAAUCAGGGCCAUGAAAAGGAAGCAGGGUAAUCAUCAACACCCCUAAAAUCAGGGCCAUGAAAAGGAGGCAGGGUAAUCAUCAACGCCCCUAAAAUCAGGGCCAUGAAAAGGAAGCAGGGUAAUCAUCAACACCCCUAAACCCAUCUAUCAACCUCUUUGAGACCCUCAUGCAAAGACACAUAUUGGACACACAUACUCACUCACUAUCUCAUAGUCAAUAAAAAAAACUGUGAGGAAUGGGCCAUUGUUAAUACAAUGUUAAUGUUUAUACAAAAUGUUAAUACACUGACAGUGAAGUACUCCUAUUUCUCUAAGCUCCUGUCUGGCAUGUUAACACUCCCAGCUGUUAUUUAUGCACUACUGUCUGGUCAACUACCUGUCUCAUCCACAUCCUCUGAGAGAAUCGACAGGCUUUAGACAAGUGCAGUAAAUAACCCACAGUUGACUGGGGGAAGGCAUGACCAGGGAAAAUAUACGUACAUCUAUGGGGAGCAUUUCCACAACUCCAUCCCUCCGCAGUGACACCUCCAGUUUAGUGCCCCCCCCCACCCCCUUUAUACUCAUUACAGCUUCCUUCUCAGGAAAUCCUCUCUUUCUUCUGUAAAAAAUGCCCCCCCAAUACAUUGUGUGUGGAUGAUGUAAUCUGCAGUGGGAUGGUGAUAUAGAGAGCCUAAUAUAGUGUGAGGUCUCAUAUUAUAGCCACACACAGUCAGUGGUGGAAAAAGUACCCAAUUGUCAUACUUGAGUAAAAGUAAAGAUACCUUAAUAGAAAAUGACUCAAGUAAAAGUGAAAGUCACCCAGUAAAAUCCGAUUUGAGUAAAAGUCUAAAAGUAUUUGGUGUUAAAUAUACUUAAGUAUCAAAAGUAAAAGUAAAAGUAUAAAUCAUUUCAAAUUGCUUUUAUUAAGCAAACCAGACGGCACCAUUUUCUUGUUUUUUUAAUUUACAGAUAGCCAGGGGCACGCUCCAACACUCACACUGUUUAGUGAGUCCGCCAGAUCAGAGGCAGUAGGGAUGACCAGGGAUGUUCUCUUGAUAAGUGUGUGAAUUAGACAAUUUUCCUGUCCUGCUAAGCAUUCAAAAUGUAACGAGUACUUUUGGGUGUCAGGGAAAAUGUAUGGAGUAAAAAGUACCCUAUUUUCUUUAGGAAUAUAUUAAAGUAAAAGCAAAAGUUGUCAAAAAUAUAAAUAGUAAAGUAAAGUACAGAUACCCCCCAAAAGUAGUACUUUAAAAGUAUUUUUACUUAAGUUCUUUACACCACUGCACAAAGUGAGGGGUGUCAUAGUUUUUGCUGUUGUGGUACAUUCUCACUUCCUGUGACAUAUUUGGGAAAGACUCAACAAGCUAAGGCCAUGACGUAAAGUCUGUAUGAACAAAUUACUGAUCAGACUUCCAUCAAGUCAGACUAAAGACAAUCGGCCUACAUGUUAUUGUUCAAGUUUCUUUUUAGAAUAGCAGGGAAAUUAGUGAAGGGGCUAGCUAGAGUAUGUCAGCCUGCACAUCUAUUUGAAAACACUACUUACCUACUUCUUUUGAUCUGUGUGAUUUUUUUAGAGAACCCAACCAACUCUUCCAACUUCGUAAAACUCUCAUGGCAGGGACGACCUGAUUUCCUCUCUCAUUGUGACCUCACUGUAUCUGACCUCUUAGUGGGACCGCAUGUGGGAACAGUUUUUUUCUCCCUGAAUUAAUGGAGAGUCUUUCCAAUGUUAUUAGAAAAACAAGCCCUAAAUGAUGAAAGGCCCUCUGAUCACAUAGAUCACACUUUAGAGCACAAACAGAAACAGCUUGGAGGGGGGGUCUGGACUCUUUCCAGAUAUAAGGGUGACAGCGUAAGAACUGUGACUGAUUCCCAGGGGGCAUAAAUGCAUAACCUCGCAAGGGGCGUGAUCUUGCGAGCUUACAUGAAUGUUCGCUGCACAGCAGUAAUCAGUCUGGUAAUUAUGAGGCUAAUACAUGUGGGUGGGGGAAUUCAAUGUCAGACAUACACACACACACAGACAAGCAUGCGUGUACACACACACACACACAGACAAGCAUGCGUGUACACACACACACACACACACACACACACAAACACACACACACACACACUUUCUAGAAUCCCUGGAGCAUGUACCAUUCUAAAAGGAAUUGCGUCCAUUAGGGCCGUCUCUGGGGUACAAGAACACUGCCAUGAAGCAAACCCAUCCAACAAUAAAUCACUGGGCUUUCUUGUAAACAAAGAGGUUCAGUCAGGAAGACCAAUACAUAGGGGAAAUUAAAUGUCCAAAUAUAGGUCUGAAAAUGUUAUUAUUCCUAUUUUUGGCAGCUUGGCAUUUGACUUUGAAAACAAUUUUGGUUGAAGAUUUCUUGAGAGACAAAAGGUUCUCAUAACUGUUCCUAAGAACUAAUGGCACAACUGAUAUGAAUGAAUGGCCUUUACAAGAGAAUACAUUCUAACAGGUAUUGAAAAGGAACCUUGCUUUGCUCCUAUACACAUUAAUGUAGAUGUACAAUUGUUGAGGUGUCAUUUUUUUUACAUUUUAGUCAUUUAGUAGACGCUCUUAUCCAGAGCGACUUAGUUAGUGAGUGCAUACAUUCUUUUUUUAUUUUUCAUACCCCUGUGGGAAUCGAACCCACAACCCUGGCGUUGCAAACGCCAUGCUCUACCAACUGAGCUACAUCCCUACCGGCCAUUCCCUCACCUACCCUGAACGACGCUGGGCCAAUUGUGCGCCGCCCCAUGGGUCAUCUCAGCCUUGUGCACAGUUACAAAGUGGAUAUGUCUAAAACUGAAAAUGUGUCUUGUUCUGAUGCCUUAUACCGAUUGACGUGAGUAAAUAUUGUGCUCUGACUUCCUGGUUUGUCUCCCAGAUCCAAUCAGGGAUGAGGUGGAGGCUGUCCCUCUACUGCCCUACCAAGACUCCCAGUCUCCCCUCCCUCUGCCCCACAUGAUGGCCCUGCUGAUGUCCCAGCUCCAGCCCAUGUUGGAUGGCUUCAACCGCACCUUGGAGCACCUAACCCAGGAGGUCGAGGGUCUGUCCCGGGAUGUGGCUCAGCUCCGGAGCUCUCAGUGGGAGGUGGAGGAGGAGGCCAUGCGCGGAGCAGGGGCUGGAGAGGGUCCCGAAGCCUUGGAGGCUAAGCUGGAGCAGCGUUUCCAAGACAUCAAGGAGGUGAGGAGGGAACUGGAGAGACAUAGAGCUGAGAUGGCGGACAGGCUACACUCCCAGCAUGCCAUGCUGCACUAUAACAUCUCCAACUUCAAGACAGACAUUGACGUCAAGAUCAAACGCAACCACAAGAUAUUACAGGUCAGUGAAUCCUCAUUAAUGGAUCUCAUGGCAUGGUGAUGUAACCAUUUAAUAAUUAAAAACUUUUAGACUUAGUUCCUCACUUGCGUUAGUAACAUACCCUUUUAGACUUGCAAAUUAUGGGCAUUAAGUGAGAAAAACAUUCUUCAUGUCUUUCAUGGCUCCCGGGUAGGUUAAUCUCCGGUCCAUGAAUGCCACCCUGUCAGACAUGAAGCUGGAGCAGGAGCGUCUGAGCUUAGUGCUCCAGAGGGACCUGACCAGCCCAGGGGCCAGGAGAGAACCCAGCCAGGUCCAGCCCAGUCAGGCCCAGCAGCCUCCAGAGGACUCAGCAGUGUGGGAGGCUAUCGCCCGUCUGGACAACAAGGUCGUCAACAACACAGUGAGGGUAGAUGCCCUGGUUGAAGACCUAGAUAUGGCCAAUGACAACGUCCUGGACCUGAAGAGGGGCUUCCGAGGCCUUGAGGAGAACAUUGCCCAGACGGGGAGGAACAGCCAGAUCCAGUUCAUGGAGACAGGCCUGGAGGUGGAGGCGGCUAAAGUAGCUGUGCUGAACCGCGUCAAUGAACUGGCCAGCAACCUGACCAUCCGCUCGGAGCAGCUGCAGGAGAUGGAGACUGACAUGGACUACCUGUACACACAGUUCUACCAGAACGUCAGCACUGCCGGAGACUGUGACUGCAAGGCAUUCACCGCCUCCAUCUCCCGCCUGGAGCAGGGCCUGACCAACGUCACUGAGCUGGCCAACGACAACCGGCUGGCCCUGGAUGGGAGUACCGAUGCUGGGUCGGAGCGCUGGGGUCCCUCUGUGGAGGACAUCUACCAGGGGUUGGAUCACGUCAAGGCCUCCCUGGCCUUCGAGCAAGAGAAGAGCAGAACUCUCCAACACAACGUGACUCAGCUGCUGGCCUCCGUCCUGGGCAGCCAGAGGGACGUGCUCAGCCUGCGGGAGAGCGACGAGAGGUUGGCAGCUGAGAUGCGCCACCUCUCCAGCUCCUUUUCCUCUCUGUUGAAGGACGCCAUCCGCCACAAUGACGUGCUGGAGAUGCUCCUGGGGGAUGAGGUGAUGGAGUUCAUGGACUGGCCCCUCCACGAGCAGGAGGCCCACUCCAUCACCGCGCUACAGAAGAGGCUCCACCACAUGCAGGAGCAGAUCAGGGGCCAGAACCUCAGCCUCACCACCCUGCUGGAGGCCGCCCGGGCAGAGGAGGUCCCGUCCUCAGACGAGCCCUCCGUGCUGGUAGACUUGGCCUCCCGCGGGCUGAAGAGGAGGAGUGGAGACCAGAGGAGUGACCACCUCAUGGACUCAGCAGCCUCUGAGGACCGGCAAGACUACUCGGACAGUGACCUGUGGAGCCUUGCGAAAGCAGUGGAGGAGCUGGGGGAGAAAGUCAACAGGCUGGAGUACAGGCCUUGCCCUGCCAGCUGCAACAACACCAAAGACAGCGCCUCUGAUGAUGUGAAGGCCAAAAUGCAGGCGGAGGUGGCCUGGCUGAGGAAGGUUCUAGAGAAUCAUCUGCGGCUCUUUAAGAAUGUCUUCAGUAACUCAGAGGGGCUGGCCGACUCAGAGAGCACCCUGGAUCUGGACCAGCUGUGGGCCCUGAUGAAGAGGAAGGAAAGGAAGAGACAGAGGAAGCACAAUGACAAGAAAGUGGGGAUCAAAGACCAUAUUGGAGAGAGAGCUAACCUUCGCAGCAGGAGGGAUACAUCAGGUAGGCAUCAAUCUAUAAAAGGACAAAAACACACAAUCACAUAUCUACAGGUAACUGCCAAAAUAAAGGAAACACUUGAGUAAAUGAGGGAUACAAAUUAUAUUGAAAGCAGGUGCUUCCACACAUUUACAUUUACAUUUUAGUCAUUUAGCAGACGCUCUUAUCCAGAGCGACUUACAGGUGUGGUUCCUGAGUUAAUUAAGCAAUUAACAUCCCAUCAUACUUUGGGUCAUGUUUAAAAAUGCCCAGUUCCCCAUUUUUUUGGCUACCAUGGCUAGAAGAGAUCUCAGUGGCCUUUUCUCAACUGCAUAAUCCUCACGUCCUCUCCUUGCCUCCUUUUCAAAACCCAUUGAAAGAGAAGGUCAGAGGGGAGGGACCUCUGGCUUUCUCAUCAAAAGGGUUUUGAAAAGGAGGCGAGGAGAGAGGAGGACGUGAGCAGUACGCAAUUGAGAUUCUCCCAAAGACUUCGAAAGAAGGGUCUCAAAAGGAGCAUAGGGGGUUAAAAGGGUGUGUGUGUGUUUGUCAGUCACCAGAUCACAACCCAAUUGAACACUUAUGGGAGAUUAUGGAGCGGCGCCUGUUUUCCACCAAUCAACAAAACACCAAAUUAUGGAAUUUCCCGUGGAAGAAUAGUGUCGUAUCCCUCCAAUAGAGUUCCAAACACUUUUAGAAUCUAUGCCAAGGCGCAUUUAAGCUGUUUUUGCAGGUCAACGCCCUAUUAAGACACUUUAUGUUGGUGUUUCUUUUGGCAGUUACCUGUACCUCUAUCAUGCUGGGCCACAUUUCUUUCUAACCUCCACUAAGAUCAGAAUGCACUUUAAACAAAGAAAGAUCAUUGGAGAUCUAUACAGUGCAACACCCUCAAGUAAGUGUUAGUAAUGGGUUAAAAAUAGUUGCUUAGCAUUACUGAGAGAAUCACCAUUACCAGCAACCCUAAUAGACAACACAAGACUGCCCCCUGGUGAACAAAAAUGUUUUAUUUCAGGCUUAUAAAUGGUCUAAGCAUAAGUAUAGUGAGUGUCUAUGGCAAGGGUUCAAAUGAAUAGAUAGCAGAGAACAGCUGAUAAUUCCCUGUCUCUUCUCUUUCAGUACUAUCUAAGUUGAGGGACAAUCCCCUGAUGUUUCUGGCCAGAAGCAUACAGCGCAGCAGACCAAGUGACAGUAGCCUGCUGGUGUUUGAGAACACAUCCCUAAACAGUGGCCAGGCGUACUCAACUCACACUGGGGUGUUCCAAGCACCGUUAGCAGGGGUCUACCUCUUCGUGCUAACACUGAACUUUGAACCUGGCCCCUCGCUGUCUGGGCUGAGGAGAGAGAACGGGGAGCUGGCUGCCACUCUGCAUCAGGACAAGAUGGCAUCGUAUGGCCCCGUCACCAGUGUGUGUCUCCUACAGCUGCGGCAAGGAGAGGAGCUCCACCUUGAACUGUAUGGGGGGACUCUGGUGACUGAUGACCCUAACGACAACAUCUUCGCUGGGCUUCUCCUCCAUCACACCACCUGA